UCUCUCGCAACGACAAACCAUGCAGCUCGCAUCCUCGCCACGGAAGCGCAAGGCGGCGACAAUGCCCUUUGACACGACGUCGCUCAAGUGCAACGACAACUUUGUGCAGUGGAGCAGUCUCCAGACCAUCAAGUCCAAGCGCGUGAAGGAGCUCGCGUACCUCAAGAAGCGAAUUUACGAGCUCGAGCAGGACCUCGUGCGCGCCCAGCGCUGCCACUCGACCGUGCUGCCAUGGGAAGAAGUCGCCAAGGCGCUCGCCGACGACACCCUCGACAAAGUCCGUGAGAACCGGACGCUCAAGUCGACCGUCGAGUACAACCGUCACAAAUACGCCUUCUUGCGCGAGUGGGUCCACGGCAUGACGCCGCCCAAGCGCCACGUCAUUUCGACGUUUCAAGAUUCGUGGCGGCACUCGCAUAUCUUUGACGGCGACGCGUCGAUGCGGCAAGCGGGCUAUGAGUGGCUUACGACACACGUCUACCACAACACGAGCCGGGAGAUGGCGCGCGCGGCACCUUUUCCCGAGGCGGACGUUGACUUCGUGCACGCGGAUAUCACGUGCAACGACAACGUCAUGCACGUCGCCGUCACGUCGCAGCUCCUGGUGCCGUACCCGCUUGAGGCAGCGGUGCAAGCGCUUUGGGUCGCGGACCGCACACUGCUCGGGUUUGUGUCAGAGGGCACUAUUGAAGAGCGUGCCCCGAUUGCAGAUCAUAUUAUCUACCAUCGCGAAGAGAUGGGCCCGGCGUCCGGUCACAUUCGCGUUGCGGGCAACAUGCUCUACGGCAAGUUCAUUGCGUCACCCGACCGCGUCGUCCUCGUCAAGCGCUCGGUUCUAAAAGACGACGCGCAUCCGCUCGACUCGGACGUCUGGACGUGCGACGUCAAGCAAUGGAUCGUGGCCGACCGCGUGGACGCCAAUGUGACGCGGUGUCGCAUGUACGACGCCACGGGCCAUCCAUGCACGGAGCGGGGCUACGUGCCGAUCCGCGAGCUCGCCAAGUGUUUUCGGCUGCAGGCGCGGGACGACGCCGAGGCCGCGGCACUUCUCCGGCUCCGCACGAUCGACAGCCAGCAGCGCGAGCGUGUCCGGUUCGCCGAGCUCGUGCACCUGCUUCUCGAGCAACAGACGCUCACGGACGCCAUGGCGGCGCUCGACGACUCAGCUUUCUAGUGCGUCUGGGUGGCUUUGUAAUCGUUGUUACUAUCGUGUACACAUUCCGAAGCCAGCCAUCGCGCG